AAAGGGAAAAAAAAAACAAUUGUCGUCUCUCUCUCUGUUUACUGCAAUGGAGGACCGUUUCUCUACUAUUGCCAAUCUUCAUGGAGAUCACUAACAGAAGUUGAAUCAUAAGCCCACAGCAGAGUUUGUAAGGGGAACAUACAAAGGAGGCAAAGAUCUAUAAGAAAACCAUAAAUUUUUUAAGGAAGAAGUAGAGAGCUUGUCUUUGAGAGAAGUGAGAAAAUAUGAAUGUGAGAUGAAGGAUAUUCUCUAUUGGUGAUGAAUACUCGAAGAGAUAAUUCGUCACAAGUUCAAGAGAGAACUAUACAUGUCUCUACACACUACUCAAGAGUUCAGGCAUUAAUGUGAACUGAGCUGGAGAAAUCAACAAUACUAUUAUUGUGGAGAACCCUCAUCCAAUAGAUGGGUAGCUAGAUUAGAUAAGGUUGAUUUGGAAUCUACUUUUAGCUUUUAAAGUUUUGAUAAAACUGAUUGAUUUAUUCAUUUGUAGGAAAUAAUCAAUAAUUUUCUGAGAGUUUGUACCCUUGGUGUUCUUGUACUAGUUAUGGCUGAAGCUAUUGCUGAAGGAGUUGUGUCGUUCGGAGUUCAGAAGCUUUGGGAUCUUCUAAGUCAAGAAUCUGAGCGAUUGCAAGGAAUUGAUGAGCAAGUUGAUGGACUAAAACGUCAGGUGGGAAUGUUACAAUCGUUGUUGAAAGAUGCAGAUACCAAGAAACAUGGAAGUGAAAGGGUGAGAAGCUCCUUGGAAGAUAUCCAAGACUUGGUUUAUGAUGCUGAGGAUAUCAUUGAAUCCUUUGUUCUGAAAGAAAAUAUUAGAGGAAAGGAAAAAGGGAUCAAAAAGCAUGUGAAAAAACUUGCUUGCUUCUUACCGGAUCGCCACAAAGCUGCUUCAGAUAUCGAAGGCAUCACUAAGAGGAUCUCUGAUGUAAUUGGGCAUUUGAAGAGUUAUGGAAUUCUAGAAAUCAUUAAUGGUGGCCCUUCACUGUCUUUUCAAGACAGACAAAGGAAGCAGAGUGAGAUCCAGCUGACUUUUCCUAAGAGUUCUGAAAGCGAUCUUGUCGGAGUGGAGGAGAGUGUUGAAGAAUUGGUUGGUCAUUUGGUGGAGAAUGAUGACAUUCAUGUGGUUUCUAUAUCUGGAAUGGGCGGUAUUGGUAAAACCACUCUGGCGAGACAAGUUUUUCAUCAUGACUUAGUCCGACGUCAUUUUGAUGGAUUCGCAUGGGUCUGUGUUUCACAACAGUUUACACAGAAGCAUGUUUGGCAGAAAAUCUUGCAACAACUUCAGCCACACGAUGGUGAGAUUUUACAGAUGGACGAAAAUGCACUCCAGAGUAAACUCUAUCAAUUAUUGGAAACUGCUAGAUAUUUGGUUGUCGUAGAUGAUGUAUGGAAAGAAGAAGAUUGGGACCGAAUAAAAGAGGUGUUUCCACGGAAAAGAGGUUGGAAGAUGCUACUUACUUCUCGGAAUGAAGGUGUUGGGUUACAUGUUGAUCUAACAUGUUUACCUUUUAGAGCAAGAAUCCUUAAACCCAAAGAAAGUUGGAAGCUCUUUGAGAGUAUCGUCUCUAGGAGAGAUGAAACAGAAUUACCAUGGUUUGAUGAAGAAAUGAAAGCCAUGGGAAAGGAAAUGGUCUCAUAUUGUGGAGGACUACCAUUGAUUAUUAAAGUGUUGGGAGGCUUGUUAGCUGGCAAACAUACAGUUCGUGAAUGGAAAAGAGUUUCUGACAAUAUUGGAGUUCAAAUCGCAACAACACGGGAGUACAGAAUAUUGUCUUUGAGCUAUGAAGAUUUGCCAAUGCAUUUAAAGCAUUGCUUCCUUUACCUAGCAAUUUUUCCAGAAGAUGAGAAGAUAGAUUUGCAGAUAUUGUUCAAUUUAUGGGCUGCAGAAGGAAUUUACAAUGGAUCAACCAUCCAAGAUAGUGGAGAAGGAUACCUAGAAGAGCUAGUGAGGAGAAAUAUGGUUAUUCCUGGAAAAAGCUAUUCUAGUUAUGAAUAUUGUCAAAUGCAUGAUAUGAUGAGAGAAGUAUGUUUAUCUAAAGCCAAAGAAGAGAAAUUUCUACAAAUUAUCAAAGUCUCUCCUUCCGUCUCUACCAUCAAUGCUCAAUCGCCUUGUAGAUCUCGCAGACUCGCCUUACAUAGUGGUAAUUCCCUUCAGUUACUAGGACAGAAAAAUAAUAAAAAAGUCAGAGUUUUUAUAUUUGGGGGACUCGGUGAAGAUUGGAAACAGUUAGCUUCAGGCUUCCAGAGUUUACCAUUGCUCAGGGUGUUAGAUCUUUCAGGUGUAACGUUUGAAGGAGGGAAGUUGCCUUCUAGCAUUGGAGGGCUCAUUCACUUGAGAUUCUUGAAUUUAUGUCAGGCUAUAGUAUCUCAUAUACCUUCUACUAUGCGGAGUUUAAAGCGUCUGCUCUAUUUGGACAUAAAUGUUGCUCCAUUACAACCGGUUCAUGUGCCAAAUGUUUUAAAAGAGAUGCUAGAGUUGAGGUACCUUGCGUUACCUGAGAUUAUGCAUGAUAAAACGAAGUUGGAUUUGGGUGAUCUAGUGAACCUUGAGUACCUGUGGCAUUUCUCAACGCAACACAGUAGUGUGACAAACCUUCUCUGUAUGACCAAGCUCAGAAGUCUCGCUGUAUCCUUGAAUGAAAGGUCUACUUUACAAACACUAUCGUCAUCUCUCCUUGAAUUGCAAAACCUCGAGACGCUUAGGUUCCUUCAUCUGGACAAUCCGCCUGAGGUUGAUUAUGUGGGAGAGUUCGUUCUAGAUUUUAUUAAUCUAACAGAUUUAUUAUUGUUCUUACGUAUAUCAAAGAUUCCUGAUCAACGUCAGUUACCUCCCAACCUUGCACAAAUAUCUCUAUAUUUUUGCUACAUGGAGGAGGAUCCGAUGCCAAUUCUAGAAAAAUUGAUUCAUUUGAAAUCAGUUGAAUUAAGAUAUUGGGCUUUCGUUGGGAGGAGAAUGGUGUGCUCAGAAGGCGGAUUUCCUCAAUUACUUGCUCUAGAAAUAUCUUAUCAACUGGAGUUGGAAGAGUGGAUAGUAGAAGAAGGGUCGAUGCCAUGUCUUCGUGAUUUGACUAUAGGUGAUUGCAAAAAGUUGCAGGAACUUCCUGACGGAGUCAAGUACAUAACAUCCUUAAAGGAACUGAAGAUUAAAGGAAUGAAGAGGGAGUGGAAGGAGAAACUGUUUCCAGGUGGAGAAGAAUACUACAAAGUCCAACACAUUCCCGAUGUUCAAUUUAUCAACUGUGACGUAUGAUGAGAAUAACCAAGUAGCAGAUGCAGGAAUGAACAAGAAGCUAACCAAAUUCUCUUAUAUGGACUCUCCAGAAUCACAUGCGAAACAUCAAGGGCUCAAUAAGAGAUAAAGGUUGCUUCAUAAGAGUCAUCUACUCGUCUGCUGAUAAACAGGUUUUCGCGUAGUUACUCUGGAAUUGAUUAUGAAGAAUACAAAUUCUGAAGUAUCAAUACGUUGCCAAGUCUUGGAUUAAUCUCACAGCUCUCGUUAAGUUGUGGCUCAGAAUAUCAACGACUAUUUCAUAUAAAUAAUGCUUAAGAACUCUUUCAUGGAGAUUGCUUUGUUUUAUUUGUUUUCUCGUUUGUGGCUUUUGUAUGCUUUAUUUACAUCAUUAAGAGAAUAACGCUUAAUUGUGUUUUGUUUA